ACUUAUUUAACACGAAUUCAAAUGCAGAUGAACCAGCAUAUGAAUGUCCAGUCAGCUGAUCAGUCACAGUCACAUGCUCAGGAUCGCAGGGUCCCUACAAAGGGCUAUCAUAGUCCACUGCCUUACACCUAUCAGCUUGUUUCUUAUCCUUUUCUUCCGGAAUCCUGUGUGCCCGCCAUGAUUCCGUAAAGUACCUUAAAUUGUACUCCCGGUAUUCCUUCAUACGCCUGCCAAAGCCAGAGAAAGCAUACAUCUUCCCCCGACUCACUCGGAGCAGAUCGCUUCCCUGUCUGUGCAAGUUGAAACGGUCCGGCGGAGCCCCUGUGGGACACAAGGUACAUCAUCUCUCCUAAUCUUGUUCUGAUGGAGGAGACAUGUUACAGUCUACACCCAUCCCACGCCAGUGCAGAACUCAUCCUCAUGGCUCACAGACUGUUUGAGGGCAAGGAACAUGCAGUUUCCUACCAAAAGUACAGAUUAUCCCCUUCGGAGCAGCUCAUAGGGGAGAUCCUGACCUUUCUGGAGAAAAAGAAAGUGCGACCCUUCGGCUUGGCUGCAGAUGUGGGCUGUGGGUCUGGCCAGGGUACGAUUCGCCUCGGCCCGCAUUUCCUCCAGGUGGUCGGGAUGGACGUCAGCCCUGCUCAGCUGGAGAUGGCCCGUGCCUGCGCCAGUGCCCCCAACAUCUCCUACAGGCAGUGUCCAGCUGAAGAACUGCCCUUAGAGGACGGCUCAGUGGACCUGGUGACGGCCAUGUCAGCUGCCCACUGGUUCGACCGGCCACGUUUCCUUGCGGAGGCAUUCCGGGUGCUGAGGCCAGGAGGGUGCUUGGCCCUUCUCAACUACACUCUGGACAUGGAGCUUGAGUACAGGGACUGUUCCCAGGAGCUCAACCACAUCUGCAGAGAGCUUUACUCUGCUAUUUGGCCAUAUCGCUCUACAAUCUUGGGUCCUGAUUCAACCAUUCUCUACAAGGAAAUGUUUGACUCCAUCCCGUAUCCAGAGAAGGAAUGGCAUGACUGUAUAUCAGUUAAGCAUUCCAUACCAGUAUCCAGCUACAUUGGCAUGGUGGAGUCCUUCUCCAACUACCAGACCCUCCUUGAGAAGAAGCCGGAGGAGGCCAGGAAACUGUCCCAGGACGUCAGAGACAGACUGCUAGCUGUGAUGAAAGUCAGCUCUCCGGAAACUGAAGUUGGUUUGGUGGUGAAGUAUUACUGUUUACUGGCUCGGAAGCCUGAUGUGAGCUGAAGUCAUGUGUAACAAAAGCUGGUAAUUAGUCGGGUGAUGCAGUCUCGCGAUCCUACAACCUUCUGCUAUUACUUUGUAUGUAACUGAUUUUAUGUGCAUUAAUCUGCUAUCUGUGCAUGUCUGUCAGGUCAGUUAAGGCAAUCUUAAAAUCCCUGAAGCUAGUUAAUUGUUGGUUCUGUAAUUUCAUAAGAACUUUCUUACCGUUUAAUUCGAACCCUAUAUAGUUGCCAUUUAUGUAAAGAAUUUUACCUGCUUUAAACUUUCACCAGUACUGGCCUGUGGGGUUUAUUAGUAUCAUAUUAAAAUAUUAAAACUAUUAAACUAAAUUAUUAAAGCUAAAAUAUUAAAA